GUAGGGCCAGAGGUCAGUCGGCUCAGAAGUCAGUUAACAACUAGGACUAUCGUGCCAGAGUAGUGGGAGAAAGAUACGACACGACAAUAUUAAGAUCCAGUGGGAUCUUAAUAUUGCAUUUGUACAGGGAAAAGGUAACAUGAAAUUAAAGGCCAGGGCCCCAUGGCACAAGUGAGGCAUCUUGAAAAAUGUUCUCCAGCUGGCAGCUUUGUUCUGAACAGCCCGACUGCAAACAAACAAACAGCAGAGAGCUUCAUCAGCCAAGCAAUGGACAUCAUUGUGGACGAGGCGGUGAAGAAGGCCACUGAUGUCCAAGAGAAGGUUUGUGAGUGGCACGCUCCUGAGCAACUGAAGAAGCUGCUGGACCUCGAGCUGAGAGAUGAAGGAGAAGCUGAGUCUGAGAUCCUGCAGCGCUGCAGAGACGCCAUCAGAUAUAGCGUCAAGACCAGUCAUCCCCGUUUCUUCAACCAGCUGUAUGCAGGGAUGGAGCCCUACUCUAUGGUGGCGAGCUUCAUUGCUGAAGCAAUCAAAACCAAUCUGUACACGUAUGAAGUGGCUCCAGUGUUUACCUUGAUGGAGGAUGCUGUGCUGAGGAAGAUGAUCAAGGUGAUUGGCUGGGAAGAAGGUGGCGAUGGAAUCUUCAACCCAGGUGGCUCAUUGUCCAACAUGUAUGCCGUGAACUUGGCCAGGUACCGUUACUGCCCAAAUUUUAAAGAGGCUGGCAUGUUUUCUGCUCAGCGACUGGUCAUAUUAACAUCCCAAGAGUCUCAUUACUCCAUUUCCAAAGGAGCAGCUUUAAUGGGGAUCGGCACUAAAAAUGUUUAUACUGUCCCAACUGAUGAGAGAGGAAGGAUGAUUCCCUCUGCUCUCGAGGACAAAAUAAUGCUGGCAAAAAGUGAGGGUGCGGUUCCCUUCAUGGUAAACGCUACUGCAGGAACCACAGUGCUCGGAGCGUUUGAUCCCAUCGAUGAAAUCUCUGACAUCUGUGAGAAGCACAACUUGUGGCUGCACGUGGACGCAUGUUGGGGAGGAGCAGCUCUCAUGUCUAAGAAGCACAAGCACUUGUUAAAGGGCAUCCACAGAGUUGACUCUGUUUCCUGGAACCCUCACAAGAUGCUGAUGGCCUCUCUGCAGUGCUCUGCUUUCCUGGUCAGAGACAAAACGAGUCUCCUCCAGCGGUGCCACUCUGCUCGGGCCUCCUACCUCUUCCAGCAGGACAAGUUCUACGACAUCAGCUACGACACCGGGGACAAGUCGGUGCAGUGCAGCAGGAAGCCGGACGCCUUCAAGUUCUGGCUCAUGUGGAAGGCUUUGGGAACAAGAGAGCUGGACCAGAGGGUGGAGAGAGCCCUCGCCAUGGCCAGGUAUCUUGCAGAAGAAAUCAAGAAAAGAGACGGAUUCCGUCUGGUGGUGGAACCUGAAUAUGCCAACGUUUGCUUCUGGUACCUUCCGCCAAGCCUGAGGAACCUUCCAGACGGCCCCGAGCUCUGGAAAAAGCUCCACACUGUGGCCCCAGUUGUGAAGCAGCGGAUGAUGAAGACAGGCAGCAUGAUGGUGGGCUACCAGCCCCUUGGAGACAAGGCCAACUUCUUCAGGAUGGUGGUCAUCAGUCCUCAGGUCAGCAGGCAGGACCUGGACUUUGUCCUGGAUGAGAUACACAGUCUGGGAAAAGACUUGUGAUUACAAAAAAGCUUUCCUCUGGCACGCGAUGAAUUUGUCACCGAAUUCUCGCAACACAAUCGGUGGAACGAUGUAACUUACAAAGACGUCUGAUUACCUGUAAAUAUUGGAGCUGUGUCUUUUCUGUGUGUGUGUGUGUGUGUGUGUGUGUGUGU